AUGGGUGGCUGUAUGCACAGUACCCAGGACAAAGCUCUCCACUUGGAAGGGGAUCCCAAUCCUUCUGCAGCCCCAACAUCCACCUGCACACCUAGGAAAAUGCCCAAAAGCAUUCCAGUAUCCAAACAACUGGCUUCAGCGAAAGCUCUGAGGAAGUGCUCAGAUCUGGAAAAAGCUAUUGCCACCACUGCUCUGAUUUUCAGAAAUUCUUCUGACUCUGAUGGUAAACUAGAAAAAGCUACUGCCAAAGAUCUGCUGCAAACCCAAUUUAGGAAUUUCGCAGAGCUCCCCUUCACCUUCUACCAUGAGUGGAAGCAGUCUGAGGUCCUCACCAGAUGCAGAUGCCUGAUCUUGAACUUUCCAGCCAUCAGAAUUGGACAAGAAACCAAGCCAAAAUACAGACAGAUCCUUUCUGAACUUGAUGAGCACACAGAAAAUAAGCUAGAUUUUGAAGACUUCAUGAUCUUGCUCUUAAGCAUCACUGUCAUGUCAGAUCUGCUACAAAAUAUAUGGAGUGUAAACAUUAUGAAAUAA